CCUAGGAGGCCACUACAAAUAACAGAGAACUUCAGCACGGCACAGUGAAGAAACACUAACUUCUCUGAACAAGACAGGAGUUCACAGCAGUCUGCCAGAGUACAGACUUACUACUUUGGAUAUUACAAAAAGUUCUCAUCUUCCAAAACAGACUCAAAGCUUUAAGAGGUUCACUCUUUCACCGUAAGAGCUACAGACUGUGUGGUAUUCCCGGCAGCUGGAGGUUUGUGCAUAGCGCCAUGGUCACCCUCAGCAAGUUUGACAACGCAAUGAGCAGCAGCCUGUUUGACGCAAGCAUGCGGCUGCCGUCUCACCGUUAUAAGACCUUCAGCUCGAAGCUGCAGUUCCAGAUGGUGCAGCACGCCGUCAGGAUGCUCCAGGAGAGCGGCUUCUACUGGGGCUCCAUCAGCGGCAAAGAGGCUAAUCACCUGUUGAACUCGGAGCCCAGCGGGACCUUUCUGGUACGAGACAGCUCGGACAACCGGCACUUCUUCACGCUCAGCGUCAAGACCGAAUCGGGCACCAAGAACCUGCGGGUGCAGUGCGACAACAAGUCCUUUUUCCUUCAGACGGACUCCAAGAGCAUGCAGUCCGUGCCUCGCUUCGACUGCGUGCUGAAGCUCGUCCAUCACUACAUGCCCUUGUCUAGAAGCUCUCUGUCCAUCGGAAACUCGAGGAACUCGUACUACAUCUACACGGGGGGCGAGAAGAUCCCUCUGGAGCUGUUGAGACCCCUUCCUUGCAUAAUGUCCUCCCUGCAGCAUCUCUGCAGGAAGACUGUCAAUGGACAUACAGACGUUUCCAGCAAAAGAGAGCAGCUGCCUCAACAGCUCAAAGACUUCUUACAAGAAUAUGAUGCUCCCAUUUAAAGAGCUCUAGUUAGUGAAGCAGUGAAGCUAGUUUUAGCAGGCUUUUUGGAAGCAUGUUGGACCAAGAAGUAUUGAGCUGAGUACACGGAGAUUGCCAGUCGACCGUGUGCGGUCAUGAGUGCUAUCACUGAUGCAUUGAUCUUAAAGCACCGUUCUUGCCGUAACAGUCUCGAUGAAUGGACGUUUGUACUGUUUUCUGUACCAGUGCCAGUAUCGUAACCCACUCUGUGGGCACCAAUCACUGCCUCCGCACUGCCCCCGAAUCUGUGAGCUCCGCCAAGCAGGGAGACAGCAAGCCAUUUAACAGAAAUCAGCUGCCGCCUUUUUCCAAGUAAAUAUUUGUGCCUUUCAAGGGAAAAAGGAAGAAGUGAGUAACAGCACAGCACCGAGGCAUAGCAGACAUGCCGUCGAGAAAGGACGUCUGGAGUCAAAGCGGUUAAAACACAACAGGACUGAACACAGAUUAAGAUGGACACAUGUUGACAUUCUGCUCGUACUUGAAAAAGCAACACUUUGGAACAAAAUGUCGGUGUUUUUAGUGGUUUGUGUCAGGAGCAGUUCAAAGCAGACUGCUUGUUAUUGAAUGUAUUAACAGACAUGAGUGUUUUGUGUCUACAGAUCACCCAUGUUUUACCUUGUGAUGCUGUUUACAUACAUGAAGAUGAAUUUAGAUUGGUUAUCUUUUGUAAAGACAUCUCAACCAUGUUUUGAUGUUACAUAUUUAUAUUUAUGAAAACAAGAAAACAUUUCAGUAAUUUAUUAAAGAGCACUAUUUUUGUAAAAAUGAA